AUGUGUCCGGGAGUGAUAUAUACAUGUAUAUCCACUUGCACUUUUCAACUUCAAGUUUUAGAAAAUUUCAAAUCGCUAAUCAAAUUUUUAUCAUCUUCUGGCAAUUUUUUCACUGGAAUACAUUCUCUUUCACAUACUUUUAUUUCUUCCUUUGCCUCAACCAAUUCAACAGAAUCUACAAUUUCCUUGAAUACGCCAUAAAUCCAUUUAACUUUUUCCCCCACUUGUUUUUGAUUAUCCUUAACUUCAUUUUCCCACUCUUUCCAAUCUCCAUAUUCUUUUUUUAUUUGUUCUU